GUCAAGUGAAAAUAUUCUCGGCUUAAACAUGUUUAUCACCAACUCUAUAAUCACAGAUUUAAUCGCUCUGUUCGUAACUCUUGCAGCCCUAUUUAUCACCUACUGGAAAUGGACAUACCAAUAUUGGCAAAGACACAACAUCCCAUAUCUGCCGCCGCAAAUUCCUUUUGGCAACAUAACCAGUUCCGUCAUAGGUAAUGAAAACUUAGGCGUCGCCAUGAAAAAGAUCUACGAUAAAAUGAAACGAAAUCGUUCGAAACAUGCUGGUAUCUACAUGUUCAACAGAUGCGUCUACUUUCCGAUCGAUUUAGACUACAUAAGGAACAUCAUGACGAAGGAUUUCCACUACUUCGUCGACCGCGACUUUUACGUAAACAGAAGAGACCCUCUGCAAGCGCAUCUCGCCAAUCUAACGGGCAGCGAAUGGAAAAGUAUGAGGACGAAACUGACACCGACUUUCACUUCGGGGAAAAUGAAGAUGAUGUUCCAGGUGAUGGCAGAGUGCCAAAACGAUCUACUAAUGAAAAUGCAGGAAGAAUGUUUGAAGAACAAACCUAUCGACAUUAAAGACGUUUUAGCAAGAUUUACUACAAACAUCAUCGGGUCUUGUGCCUUUGGUUUGGAAUGCAAAGCCCUAGAAGACGAAGAUUCCGAGUUCAGAAAGUAUGGGAAGCAAAUAUUUGUCGAAACUAAGUUUGUCAUGUUUAAGCGAAUUUUUGGUAUGGCGUUUCCUAAGGUUGCUAAAUUUUUGAACCUUUCAACGAUACGUAUGGACGUGGCUGACUUUAUACUAAAAACAGUUGAGGACACCAUAGAGUACCGAGAGAAAAAUAACUACAAUAGGAACGAUUUUUUGCAACUGAUGAUGAAAUUAAAGAAUAACCCAUCGGACCCUGAUGAGAAACCUCUAACAAUGGACGAAGUGGCGUCCCAGUGUUUCGUUUUCUUUGGAGCAGGCUUUGAAACCUCGUCAACUCUGAUGUCUUUCGCGCUCUAUGAGCUUGCCAACCAUCAAGACAUACAAGAAAAAUUGAGAGCCGAGAUUAAUUCGGUGUUGGAUAACCAUGAUAAACAAAUCAUCUAUGACUCAAUCCAAGACAUGAAGUACUUAAGUCAGGUGAUUGAUGAAACUUUAAGAAAACAUCCCCCGGCAGCUUUUCUUAACAGGACAUGCGUGAAGGAUUAUAAAGUUCCGGGUGAAGAUCUCGUGAUCGAGAAGGGUAAAGGCAUCAUGAUUCCAGUACUGGGAAUACAUUACGAUGAAGAAUAUUAUCCGAAUGCUAGUCAGUUUGAUCCCGAACGUUUCAAUGAUGAAAAUAAGAAUUCAAGACAUAACUUUGCUUAUCUGCCUUUCGGUGAAGGUCCCAGGAAUUGCAUUGGAAUGCGUUUUGGCUUGCUUCAGUCAAAACUGGGUUUGGUUUGUUUAAUACAGAAUUAUAAAUUCACUAUUAACAAGAAAACGCAAGAACCUCUAAGAUAUAAACAAAAUAGUAUUGUGCUGGCGGCAGAAGGCGAAAUAUGGUUGAACGCUCAAAAAAUUUAACAUUUUUGCACUGAAUGGUUUAAUAUAAUUGUUCCUUUUGUUUAUAUUUUCAUGACAUUUGAAUAAUUUUAUAAAUUAUUACUUUUGGAGGUAAUGUGGUUUUUCUGCCGUUUUUCCUCCAAACUGCUGGUUAUUAUUGUGU